CAAACCCCCCCAUUAUAAACCACCCAUCACUAAUCAUUAUUGCCAAUAUCAUCAAACUCGGUUCCCCAAUUUUCUAUUUCAAGAAGAAACGGAGAGCCCAGUUGUCACCACUGUGAAGUUGCAAUCUUUAUCAAUUUUUUUUCUUGUUGGGUGCUUCUAGUUUUAUUAAAUUUUGAGCUAUGAAGAGGUAUAGGAAUAGGCAAAUUUGGGAAUUUGAGCAUGAAUUAAACAUGAUGGCUGCUGCUUCUUAUAGUGUUGGAGGUAGGAUUUUGAAUGGUGGGGUUUAUGGCAGGAAAGUGAUAUUGGGGAUAGAUGGUGGGACGGCGUCGACUGUUUGCAUAUGUAUGUCGUUGACUCCGUUUGAUCAGCAGCUACCUGAUCCUCUACCGGUUCUUGCUCGUGCCGUCGCUGGUUGUUCCAACCACAACAGUGUUGGAGAAUCUGCAGCUAGAGAGACUUUAGAGAAAGUUAUGGCGGAUGCUCUUGCUGAGUCAAGAUCGACUCGUGCUUCUGUUCAAGCCGUCUGUCUUUCAGCUUCUGGUGUCGACCACCCGAAGGACCAACAUCGCAUACUUACUUGGCUAAGAGAAAUAUUCCCCAUGCAUGUUAGGUUGUUUGUUGAGAAUGAUGCCGUGGCUGCUUUGUCAAGUGGGACAAUGGGGAAGCUUCAUGGAUGCGUCCUCAUAGCGGGUACAGGCACCAUUGCUUAUGGGUUCACUGAAGAUGGAAGAGAAGCUCGAGCUGCCGGUGCUGGACCUGUUUUAGGCGACUGGGGAAGUGCAUAUGGUAUAUCUGCACAGGCGUUGACAGCUGUAAUUAGAGCUUACGACGGUCGUGGUCCGCAGACAACACUUACACAAAGCAUUCUAGAAAAACUGAAUCUCUCUUCUCCAGAUGAACUCAUAGGGUGGACGUAUUCAGAUCCAUCAUGGGCUCGAAUUGCAGCCCUGCUUCCCAUCGUGGUUUCUUGUGCAGAUGCAGGCGAUCUUGCAGCUAUAAACAUCUUAUUUGAUGCUGUCCAUGAGCUGGCUUCGAGUGUGAAAGCUGUUGUCGCAAGAUUAGAGCUCUGUGGUGAAGAUGGCAAGGAUUCUUUCCCCCUCGUGAUGGUUGGUGGCGUACUUGAGGCCAACAAGAGGUGGGACAUUGGCAACGAGGUCAUAAACUGCAUAUCCAAGGAUUUCCCCGGUGUUCUCCCCAUUCGCCCCAAGGUUGAGCCUGCAGUUGGAGCUGCAUUGCUUGCUUGGAGCUCCCUGAUGAGACAGUGUCAUCAGGAAGCAUCAACAAGUUGACAGUGCAAGGACACCUUGCCUGUAUAGCAGUGGGGCAGAGAGCUCGCGCAAAGAAGCAUGCUGCCCUAUGCUUUGUUUUUCCUUUUUUAGUAAGCAUAGGCAGCGAGUGAUGGGAAUACUUGCAAGGAUGAAGUUGGAAGGAAAGUUUUGGUUCUCUUAUUUAUGUUGUGUGUAUAGUGAAUUAGUUGUUUUAAAAGUCCGUUCAAUCCAAGUGCGCUUGUUAUUGUCGGUGGAUGUGAUAAGUGAAAGCUUUUUUAUAAAUUCUUCCCAAGAAAUAGGAGAUAUUACCAAUUUCUUUA